AAUCAUGACUGAAUCCAAUUUAGACGCACCCAAUUAUCCUUAUCGAUUCUGUAAAGAUUUUUCUACUUCUUUCAAAAGAUGGUUCUUUAAGGGUCAAAGAGCUGAACUUAAAGGACUUGAAUUAGAGCACGUUUUAAAUGGUGUAACCAAGCAGCCAAUUUCUCUUUAUGAUUUCCGGCUUUAUCUUCAAAACAAAGAACAUACAGCUGAGAACCUUGAAUUCCAUUACUGGUAUCAAGAUUACAAGCGUAGAUUUGAAGCAUUGCCUGACAUCAAAAAAGCAAAAUCACCUCCUCCAGAAGAGCCUUUCAGGCCUGAUUUUGACAAGGAACCAAACUCAUCUGACAGAAAAGACUAUCAACCCUUUCGAACUGAAAUUGAUGCCACUCUUAAGACUUUUUUUCAUAAAGGAGAUUCUCUCAAGGAACUCUUUUUGGACCCCUCUGUCUUGAGCUAUACACUUUGCGCUGCUGCUAAGACAACACAUCCUGAUGUAUUUGAACCUGCUUAUCAUCAAACAUACAAGUUUAUGAGAGAGACUAGCUUCAAGAAUUUUAUUCAUGUUGGUGUCCAGAAUGUACGCUAUGGAUUUGUAGUUGCUGAACUCACGAUGGGUUGCCUCAACCUGUCCCUUUUACCCAUGGUCUUGUUUAACACAUUUGCUAUGCAUAUGUCUCGUUGGACACGUCUGUUUGUGUUUGCUCUAAUAUUUACUUUCGUUUCCAUGAUCCUCUGUGGACGCACUGGCUUUUGUUUGGUUCGAUGUCUAUUCAAAAGGAGACAAGUGCCUGAUUUUAUUUGCGCACAGUAUUUUGCAAGCAGUAAGAACGAUAACAAACGAGCCAGUCGGUGGUUUAAGGGACGAGUGGAAGCAUCCGAUGAUCUAGAAAGCAAUAGUAAAGAAGAGAAAAGGGAUUUGACUCCUAUUUUAGAUCAACAAGUUGUCAAAUACGGAAGGGUGAGGACUAAUCAUUAACUAUAAACGUUACUCAUGUCACUGAAUAGCAAAUGCUUGUUCAUAUCGUCGUCUUUAGCCUGUUUUUGGCUACUGUCAUUACUGCUAUUGCUGUUGCUUUGACAACUGAAAAUGAUCCUAUGCCUAUGCCACAAAAGACAAGUGCUCAUAGUAAUCAACACUAAACUCUCUUUUCUAUUGUUCCUUUUCUCCUUAAUUAUUCUCUAUUACUAAAAAGAAGAUGUAAAAUCAAGAUAUCUUUCGCAUGAUGCUUACCUAAAAAGACUUUCCUGACUUUCAAAUUACUUCAUAAAAAAAAAAGCAGAUGUGCCCUUUUUUUAUUA